UGGUACUCGAUCAGUUGGUUGACAAUCGGUUUAUCGAACCGAUCGGAUCCGAACAACGGGCUAGAGUCCGCGUCCGCGAAAGUGUGUUGUGCACCGAAACCCUUGACGUGGUGUUACGAAUUGUGCAAUUGUGUGUGCAAACACCUAGGAAAGGGGCAGCUCGGAGUUGGAAAAACAAUCGCAGUUGUUGUCGAUUAUUGUGUAAUUUGUGAAGAACGUUGACAAACAUGCAUCCGGUACAGCCGUUGGCGGGUCCUGCCCGGGUCCGGUGGCUGCUGGCGCUGCUGGUGUUCGGAAACGUUUGGCUCGCCGCCGUAGGUACGCAACGGACCGUUUAUCGGGCGGGCGACGAAAUCGUCACGAUAACGCGCACGAAAGUCGAUCCGUCUACGGCCACCUCUCCCGUCUACUCCUACUACACGUACACGGCUCCGAACCCUCAGCCCGAGGUCGUGUACUACACGAACGCGCAGGGUAUCACGACCAGACAGUAUCAGUCCACCUCCGGGACGGUGGUGUCAGCCGGAAAUCGCCGCAUUGCCUACGAUGACGGAACUGCGACGGAAGGGCAAGGAUGUUCGCGCAAUCCGUGCGGGGUAGGCGCCACGUGCCAGGAAACGGCCGGCGGCCGCCCGGUCUGUUCCUGCCCUGCCGGCUACAGUGGCAAUCCGCUCGUCCAGUGUCGGCGGGCCGAGUGCCUCGACCAUUCGGAAUGCCGUGGUGACCAGGCCUGCCGUAACGGGAACUGCGUCAAUCCGUGUGCGGGCGUGUGCGGCGUCAAUGCCAACUGUGAGGUGCGCAAUCACGUGCCCGUGUGCAGCUGUCCCCGGGGCCGUACAGGAGAUCCGUUCAGUAGCUGCCGUUUGCAGGACCCGGAGGAGCUGUGCCGUCCGAGCCCUUGUGGAUCCAACACUCAAUGUAACGUAAUCAAUGGUGUACCGACAUGUUCCUGUUUGCCGGGCUAUAUUGGUUCUCCACUGUCCGGGUGCCGGCACGAGUGCGAAUCGGACGGGGAGUGUAGCUCCAACCAGUACUGCAGCCAGUUCAAGUGCGCCAAUGGGUGCAACCAGUGCGGCAAGGGUGCGACCUGUGCCCGGGUAACGAACCAUCGGGCCGUUUGCGAAUGCCCGAAGGGGUACAUCGGCAGCCCGUUCACCGAGUGCCGGCCGGAGUGUUUCGGCGAUCGCGACUGUCCCGCCGGUCGACCGGCCUGCAUCUACGGCAUCUGCAAAAACCCGUGCGAAGGGGCGUGCGGUGUCAAUGCGGACUGCAAUCUGCGCGGCCUGACGCCGGUGUGCAGCUGCCCGCGCGACAUGACCGGCGAUCCGUUCAUCAGCUGCCGGCCGUUUACGAAGGAAGACCUGUGCAGCCCGAACCCGUGCGGCACGAAUGCGGUCUGUACGCCCGGGUAUGACCGCAGCAACCAGGAACGGCCCGUGUGCACCUGCCCGCCUGGUUACACUGGCAAUGCACUGAGCAGCUGUGUGAGAGGCGAAUGCCAAAAUGAUGCAGAAUGUGCUGAUCAUAAGGCUUGCAUCGCCUACCAGUGUGUCGAUCCUUGCAGUGGGCAGUGCGGAGUUGGUGCUCAGUGCCAAGCGAAGCGCCAUCUUGCCGUCUGUACCUGUCCGGCGGGCACACAGGGCGAUGCGCUGGUAUCGUGCCGUACCGCUCGCCACUACCCAGUGGCUCGUUAUAACAAGAAACGAAAUGCAGUUCCCUAAACCACUAUCGUCCUCCUUCCUUUUGCAUUGCACGGUAAUUGAGUGUUUGUGUUUGUCGCUGCCACCCGGGCAUGGUCCGGAACACCUCAAGCUAGUCGCUAUAGCGAACGAAUCGACAGAGACGUUCGAAUGCUUCAUCUUUAACUUAUUGAACCAUCAUAUCUUACCAGCUCCCCUCCUUCACCCUUCAUAGACGAUAACUUUUUGUGAAUAGUUUUAACUGCCACCGACACGAGCGACCGAAUGCCCCUCCCCAAAAUGUGGGGCAACAACACGAUGGGCGAACGAUAAUGGGUAACAUAAACGUGCGUUUAUUCAUUUAUUCAUUCGACUACUACUACCA